AUGGAACCCCCCAAAAGACAAUGGGACCCAAGUGCGCCCGCCAUGCUCUGGGCUCACGAAAUGCGCCGCGAAAACAUCCAACUCGUCAACCAAAUCGACCUCCUCCAAGCUGACCUAUCCUCUGCUCUAAGUACCAUAAACACCUUGAAAGAGACCAUUGACGUGCUCACCCUGCAGUUACAGCAUUCCCAGCACGAAGCGGAUCUCCGACAGAACAGCUUCGAGAAGAAGCUCAGCGAACUGGAAGAAAGCUACCAACGCCAACUUACCUCGGCACUUGGGAGGAUCCAAACGCUACAGAACGAGAACUCCCAAGUGAGAGGCAACCUGGAUGCCUUUGAGACAAAGUACGCCGCGCAAGCUGCCGAGUGGUCGCGGUUGAUGGAAGGGUUGUUGUGUAGCAAGAGAGAUACUGCAAGGAGUGGGGCUGGAGGUCAUAGUUCGCUGGGAUCUCUGGAAAACAACCAAGGCUAG